AUGAUGGAUACAGUUAAUUUGUCUCGCUCCCAGAGGCUAUUAUUCGCGAAUGCGACGAGGCUUGCGAGAGAAGGAAGUGAGAAUGUCGCUGUGAGGGACGCGACGGAGUGUGCGAGAGAUGGACAGAGCGGGGCGGUGCCCGUUGACUCGAUUACCUUGAGAGCUCGCGCAGUGGAAGACGAUCCUUCGGAAGACGACGAUUCUGAAUCCAAGUUGUUUCCGACGACCUUCUAUCCCGAAGGGAUUUUUGAGGAGCUUCCACGACUGCAUCCUGACUUAUUGCGCCCUGCUUUCGUGGCUGGUCAAGAUUGGGACGGUAUGGACGAGACCAAGUCGACCCCGAGGAGCGUGAAGAGGGUUCUUCGGGCUAAGAACGCUACAGGCGUGACCUUCCUCAUUCCUACGAAGGAGCAAAGGCCUUGGUCUCCUCCGAUCGGGUACCAAACGGUAUACGAGUCCUAUUUCCAGGAUGACACCCGCUGUUGGUUCCCCAUCCCGCGACUGAUCACCGCGUACGCUAGGCGGCGAGAUCUUGCGAUUAGUCAGUUGCUGAACGGCUCGCUGCGACUAGCCGUCACCUUAUCAGUUCUGGCGGAGCAGAUUGAUAUGCUGAUGAGUGUCAGGUCGUUCGAGGAGAUGACCUCGAUAACCGACAUGAAGGACGGAACCUGCUCGGUGAAGAUGCGACCAAACUGCAAUAUGUGCGCUGGUCAUCCAAACAAGACGCAGAAUUGGCAGCAUUCCUAUUUUUUCCUCAAAUCCGAUAACUCGGCUUUCGAGGAGCCUCCUCAAGAGGAUUAUCAGGUCCUAUGGAACCGUUCUUGUGUUGGCCAUCCUACGUCUCCGGUCUAUCCCGAAGAUUUCCUGAAGAGCGUUCGAGCCGUCGCCCUGCUUCGAAUCUAUCGUUGGUCCGAGAUCACCGUCGAGAAGAUUUGUGAACUUAAGGACCGGAUCGCUCGACGAGAGUGGAGAUCUGAUCUUUCGACUGUUCUUCCUAUUCGCACUAAGCGACUAGACAUCUUCCCGAGGGACAUCCAGAAACAAGUUUCCGAGGCAAAGAGGAUGGGAACUCUUCCUGACUUAAGCGCGAUGCUAGCUGCCCAGCUGGGGUUGACAAGCGGGGAAGGGCCCUCGACGGUGGUUCCUCGCGUUGAUGAGCCCCCCCCCCUUCCGAUGCUAGAAAUGCGGGGAAGGAAGAAGAAGAAGAAGAAGAGAAGGACAAAGAAGAAGUCCGCUGACGAAGAGUCGGAGAAUCCCGAGGAACGGACUGAAAUAGGGGAGGGAGAUGUUCAAGAAGAAGAACUUCGACCCGAAGAAGAGGUUCUCGAAGGUGAGACCUCAGGAGAAAAAGACGACGAGGAGGAAGCCAUCAAAGAAGAGGAAUCUGAGGCUUCCCUCGGCGCUCCCCACUCAGGCGAUCCCGAAGAGGAGUCUGAGGGGUCGCCACUUCUGAUAAGGGGGCGCGGCGAUGAAGUUGGCAGCGAGGCGCGAUCUCCCACUCCAAUAUCUCCUUGCGAAAGGGCUCCGGCUCAUCCUAAUAACGGGGCCGUCCAGGGACCAGCUCCUUUGGCGUACGUUCCGGAGAAAUACGGGGAACUCCUUCGUCAAUUAAGGGGAAGGACGAAACCCCUGCCUGCUGCGAAGGACCUCAUCUUCGGGGGUGAGUACGAGGAGGCUGCGAGGGCAAAGCUGUUGCGUCAGUCUCUUAUGGUUUUCGUCGCUUCGCAUGUUCAGGGGGAUAGCGCGAUGAAUAUCGUGUUUGAUAAAUACGAUACUGCCCUGAAGGGAGCUUUGAAGGAACUCGAGUUGGCUAAGAAGGAGUUCGCUGAAAAGGAAGAAGCUUCUGUUCGUCAGCUGAAUGCGUCGAGGGCCGAUGUGGAGAGACUUAACGGGAUAGUUACUCGCACUAUUGCUCGAAGGGACGAGCUCAAGGCUGAGUUAGAGGCAUCCCAAGGAGUCGUCCGUGAGCUUGAGCGAAAGAACGCCGAGCUUGAAAGUGAGAAGGCUUCACUCGCUGCAUCCCAUGAAAGAGAGAUGAGGCGCCUUAGAGAUUUCAGAAUCCUGGCCCGGUUGCUUCAUAGCCAAGCCUUCGGAACCCGGAAAUGCCUUGAGGCCGUAAAGAGGGCUGGGAGCGACAUCUCGCAAGCCACUAUCAAGAUAUUCGCCGAGCAAGAAAAGAAAUACGAGCAGGAAGCCGAGAAGCUCAAGGUGGGCGAGAUACCCGAGGGAGAUAUCACCCUUUCUCCUCUUGUAUUGGACUCUCAGUUUGUGGAUGCUCGAAUCUUGGCGAGUCUCGAUCCUUAUGGGUCCAACGCCGGGUUGAUCGAUCCGGAGACCGCAGCGAGUCUUCACGUUCCGCCUACUCAUCCGACCGUAGAGCGACGUGAAGACCCAACGCCUCUUCUUGAAGGUCCUUUGGCUGCACUUGGGGGAGAAACGCCUAAUCGAGGAAACCGUGCCGCUGAAGAUGACGCUCCCGUCCUCGUGCUCUCGGACACUUCAGCCGAGGGAUCCCGUCGAGGCAAUGAAGGAGAGAACGUCGAGGCGUUAGAAGAAGCUAAUCCAGAGAUCGUCCCGAGAUCAGACGAAGUGCAUGUUUCUCUAGCUGCUCGUGGGUCGAGCGUCAGGGCUUCGGAGCUCUCUGCCCUCAACGAUCGUGAAAGCGACCGGGAGGACUUGCUUCUCUUGUAUGUUGUUUCUUUUCAGUCCCGGAGGGCUUGUGUUGUUAUCUUUUAG